AUGAUAUACAUUAGCGCGCCCACAAGAUUUUUAGUAGCUGUAGGAUCAGAACUUCCUCUUGUGGAAACUGCCUUAACACUACUAACCAAUGGAGUUGCCGUCAUAACACCAUUAAUACUUGAUUUAAAUAACACACGCUUGGGCGUCCACAGCACUGGCACUAGAUUUAUGGUAUUUAUGUUUGAAGCUGUUAAUGCCCGAUUUGGUGGUUAUCAAACAAUUGACAUUCAACAACUGACAUCAGCAACUUUGGUGAUCUAUUGUCUAUUAAUGAGCGUUAAACCGCAAAUGUUAUGUGCGAUUAAUGAAACACCCUUCGAGUUGGAGUGGAUAUUAUUACAAACACAACAAAAGCUUCAAGAUAAAGUUAUCAGUCACAGUAAUGAACAACGACCACAUCUAGAAAUAUUUUUGCCAGUUGACCGUAUGCGACAUUAUUUAAUGAGACAAGGCUCGUUGACAAGAGCACGAGCUAAAAAUUAUUUUGCAAUAUCAUUGAAAAAAGCAUUCAUUAAAAAACAAAUACACGAAGCACCUAUGGACGAUUUGAGUGUGACUAAACGUCGACACCAUCGUCGAUUUAGUUUGAUAAGCGACGGUAUUGUUGAGUAUAAUCAAUUGUCAGAAACUAGUGACAGAAUUUCAUUAUUAAGAAUGAAAUUAUUAUGUAUUCUGUUCGCUAAGAACAUGGUGAUAGGUUUAUUUAGUCUGAUAACAUCAACACGAGCAUGGUUAUUUAUAUUUGUUUAUUUUAUUUGUGCUUUCGAAAGUUACCACAUGUAUCCGCUCGAUAUUAACAUAACUGUUUUCCGAAUCAUAUUUGAAGUAACAAGCGCCUUUGGCGGUUGCGGACUGUCGAUGGCUUAUCCAGGUAUAUCCACUAGCUUUGCUACGGUAUUAUCAACAGGAAGCAGAAUUAUAUUAAUAGCAACAAUGUGUAUGGGUCGACAUAGAGGUCUUCUAGAUUCAAUGAAAGAUCAAGAAGAAAUUGAAUACAGUGCAUCGGUAUUAUUAGAAAGCUGGAAACAAAUAGCUAUUUUAGAAGAACAAGAAAAGGACAUACGCAAAGAACAACGACGAGAAGAACUAUUAAAUAUAUCGGUCACUUUACCCAUUAGCCCGUUAAUGACACGUUUUUAA